CUACAGACGUAUGAACAGCAAGAUCCGAGCAAGCUAGAUACCAUAUUAAGCUGUGGCGACAUACCCGCCACAAACCCCGUGUGUGUUCGACGAGAAAUACCAGAGCCAUACUCGAGUAGAAUUGAUCGAGUUGGAAAAACAACUACACGAAUCACCAAUAAAACAGACGAGAAUCUUGAAGAUGCAAUGGCGGAACUUCAAGAUAACCUUUCAAAGGCAAUGCAAACUUCAUUUGCUUCUUCCCCUACCCUUAAAACACCUCUUGGUAGUAGCCCAUCUCAAAUCGGAAAAUGGCUGUCUUCUUCCUCAGGUGCUAUGGGUAGCAGCCACGGUAGUUCAGGAUCAAUUGCUCGCUCACCAAUGCAAACUUCGUCAUUAUCAUUCGAAGACGCAUACUUGAUUAGUAUGGGUGGUGCACCUGGGCUUGACACGGCUUACGAGACGCUCGGAUUUACAUCCCAGCAACAGAAUAACCUUGAAAACAGUUCAUUGAUCCGGUUUGACGAGGACGAAGAAGAGAGUCGGUCUUCAAGCGUACGUUUAGAAGAGAGUGCACAUAAUAUGGGUGAAGUUUAUUCACCGGAUGGAGAUAAUGAAGUAGCCUAUCCAAGUGACUCUGUCUUUGGUGAAUUUAGAUACAAGUGAGAGAGAUGAAGAAAGUAUAUUAUCAAUUCAAAUCUAAAUCAAUAUAAACGAAGAGAAUAAUAUGAAAAUUUUGU